AUGCAGCGUCGUCUGGUUCCCGUGCAGCCAUGGGAAGUUCUCGAGGCUGCUAACGAGCUUCACCACAUGAUCCACGGGAAUCUGCGCUCCGUCAAGGACCCUACUACUAGCUGCUAUAACCGCUUCGUCGACCGCCAUCCCGAGCUGUCUUUGCGUGCGUCGGAGCCGCUUUCGCGCGCUCGCAAUGAGGUCAAUGGGGCCGCUAUGGGCGCGUUGUUCUACGAGCUGACGAAGCUGGUCAUCGAGCACGAUAUUGAUAGCAGUCGUGUGUGGAAUAUGGAUGAAACCAGCUUCGUCAGCAAGCACCAGUCAAGCUCCGUGUUGGCUGUUCGUGGAUCGUCGAAUGUGUGGUCGAAAGCA